UGUCAUUAUUCAAUGUAAUUCUUCCCCCCUUUUGUUUCGAUUUCAACCGCCCUCAUAUCGAGUAUAAAUACUCCAUACCCUCAGUAGGAAAGCACCAUUCGCCUCUUGGAACCUAUUCCUUCUCCAAGCAACUCCAGUCAUCAAAGAUGAAAGUGUUGAUCGUCGCCGUCGUUCUCUUUGCUGUGGCAUUGGCCGAGGAACUCGAAACAGCUGAAUCCUACCCAGUGGCCGCCGUCUACCAUAGCGCCCCAGCCUACGCUGCAUCUUCUGCUGGUCAUGCUUACGGUGCCCAUGGACAACACAGUGCCGGAUAUGGAGCUCAUGGACAGUCUCACUAUGGAGAUCACGGACGUUAUGGAGACAAGGCUUACGCUGCUCAAGCACACCACAAUAUCGGAGGAUAUGGAGCUCAUGAUGCUUAUGGUGCCCAAGCUGCCCAAUAUGGAAAAUACCGUAAUGUAGGAGCAUACGCCCAAGACAAGGGAGCUGGUUACGAAAAAGCUUAUGCUUACGACAAGAAGGCCGGACACCAUGGAAUUGUUUCCGACUAUGGCGCAAACCAGGGAAGCUAUGGAGUUCACGACAAGAAAGCAUACCACAAUCUUGGAGCACACGCCAGUGCUGGACAUGACAGAUAUGGUGCUCACGACAAGUAUGGUGCUCAAGCUUAUGGAGUUCGAGCUCACGAUGCCUCAGCUUACGGAAAAUACGGUAGCGGACAUGCCCAGAUGGUCCAUGUAGCACCCGCUGUCUACAGUCACGCUGCUGCCCCCGUUGUCUACACCCAAGCUGCACCAGCUGCUUACGGACACGCUGCUCCAGUUGUCUACAGCAAAUACUAAAAAGGAAAUUUGACCGGAAAGACAUGGUUAUGUUUUGGGAACCAGAGAAAAUGGUCGUCAUUGAACAGAUUCCGUUUUCUGUUCCACAAAAAUGUCAACCUGUCUUACUUUGGACCACGAAUAACUGUUUCCGGCUCCCAAAGGAUUCGCAAUAAGUCUGAAUCAUUUGGGAUUCUUAAUUUAUUUCUUUUUUGUUUCUUGUAAUUUCGUAAAAAAAAUCCGAAUAAAAACGUUAAAAGUUGAA